ACCUGAAUCACUGCAAUUCUUCCUGUCAGCAACACGCCCGUGCAUUUUGUUCUGUUUUGUUCACUUCUACUUUAUUCUCUCAAUUGCCUUGUUUCUACCACAACUACACCAAUUGAAUGACUUCCUACCUACUCAACUAUCGCGUGCAGAAGUGCUGUUACAAUACCAAAAUCUUGCCUAGCGACUUUUUGUAAUUUUACCGUCAGCCGAUUGAAGCCGCAAGCGGCGUUGUCUCGUACCAAGCCUUUCUCUACUCUGGUCGGUCGUGUGGCUCUUGACAGCCGACAGAAACCAUGGCUGCCUCCGGCAGCAUGGUCGACCCGACCAAACCAGAAAAGUUUCGCGUUGUAAUUGGCGACGAGCUUUUAGGGAAGAGUACUAAAGAGGUCUUUACGGGCGUUCGAUACAACCACAGGCCAGCAGAGGAAGCACCUGGGAGCGCACGAAUAACCCCGUCGAAGCCCGGCAGUGGCACGUUUGACCUGGCGUUUCGCGAGCCCGAUGGCACCAAAUACAGCUACAAUGGAACCCGCGCCAUGAACGACAGCCAGUACGUGCUGGUCUUUGACCCCAACAAACGCACUUUUGUUCUACACAAGCUCGAUUCGCUCUUCAAUAUGAACCUCGUCGGCACGCCCGACAACGACGACCCAGCAUCACUAAAGAAGCAACAUCCGUUCCUAUCGGGCCAUGGAGUUCCUCGGCAUCUGGAGCAAAAAGCGGCAGCAAUCGCGGGCACCGGCAAGGCUGCAGGCAAGGCUAAGCCGAACACUGCUUUAAGACAACCCAAGAAGCAGGCUCCAAAGAAGAAGGAGGUCGCCAAGAAGCCCCCUCAGAAGCCCGCAGCGCCGCAAGAGACUAUGGUCCUACCCCAAGCACCGUCGGCUCCGUCUCCUGCUUCGCCGCCACCACAAAAACAGAAAAAGAAGGAAGUCAAUUCGGACGAUGAGGACGACGAGGAUUCUGAUGACGGCCUCGAGAUCGUUUACACCGACUCGCAGGAGGCCAAACCUCGGGUGAACAAAGGCGCUGCCUUUUCGCCGCCAUUCUCUCAACCAACACGGCGCUUCUCGGAAUUCAUCAAGGACCAUAACGAUGAGGAUGACGAGGACGCUGAUGCGGAUGGUGAGCCGGAGUCCGACCACGAUCUCGCCGAGGCCAUGGAGGAGGACGAGCCAGAGGAUGAGAACGCCAACUAUAACGAUUACGACAAGCCCGACCAGGAUGAUUUCGGCGACCUGGAGGAAGAUCUUGAGGCAGCCCUGGAACAGGAGUUGGCCGCGGAGGAGAGCGACGUCAGUGAGGAGGAUUAAAAUGUUGAUGUCAGGCCCUUUGAUUUAAUAAGCGUACGUUUGGCGAUCUAUCAAGCCACCACCAUCUUAGACAAAACGGAAUCGAUAAAACGGGACAUUCACGGAAAGGCGCAAGGGGUUUAUUUUGAGGGGCAUUUGGUAUGGGAUUGAAUUUGCUUCUUGUUUUCUUUUCUUCUUUUUUUCUUUUCUCUUGUUUCCAAAAGCGAUUUUGGAUAUAUCUUUAACAGAUUGAAGUCUGAACGCGUGCAUGGAUGGAUUGGCCCUUGAGUACCUAUUGGAGGCAUUGAAU